AUGGCAACGACGCUCAGCCCGAAAAUGGCGGCCGAGGGCGGCGGAGGAGCGGGAUGCCCGGGUUCAGGCCCGGGCCCAAGCCGCUGGCACUGGAGCGGUUCUUUAUGGGCCCAAGGCAUUUUAUUCCUCUUGGGAUGGCUCCGGGCAAGCGCCACAUAUUUUCCUGUCUCCUUGAGCAGCGCCCCUCCUUGCCGGCACCACGUCCCCUCUGACUCCGAGGUCAUAAAUAAGGUUUAUCUUAAGACAAAUCAUCUUGUAAAGAGAGAUAUUGAUGAGCACUUAAGGAUCAAGACUGUCUAUGAUAAAAGUAUUGAAGAGUUGCUCCCUGAAAAAAGAUACCUUGUAAAGAACAAACUUUUUCCACAGGCUAUUUCAUAUUUAGAGAGGACUUUGCAGGUCCGUCGACCAGCUGGCACGAUCUUACUGAGCAGACAAUGUGCAACAAACCAAUAUCUGCGGAAGGAAAAUGACCCUCACAGAUACUGUACUGGGGAAUGUGCAGAGCACACAAAGUGCGGCCCUGUGACCGUGCCUGAGGAGCACCUCCAGCAAUGCAGGGUCUGCCGUGGGGGUAAGUGGCUGUGUGGAGCAGUCGGUGUGCCGGACCAAGAAGGGGUCAGGGAUGCAGACUUUGUUCUCUAUGUUGGUGCUUUGGCCACUGAGAGGUGCAGCCACGAAAACAUCAUCUCUUAUGCAGCGUAUUGUCAGCAGGAAGCAAAAAUGGACAGGCCAAUAGCAGGAUAUGCUAACCUGUGUCCAAAUAUGAUCUCUACCCAGCCUCAGGAGUUUGUUGGGAUGCUGUCCACAGUGAAACACGAGAUUAUCCAUGCCCUGGGCUUCUCUGCUGGGCUGUUUGCAUUCUACCACGACAAAGAUGGGAAUCCUCUAACUUCAAGAUUUGCAGAUGGUCUCCCAUCUUUUAAUCAUAGUCUUGGAUUAUAUCAGUGGAGUGAUAAAGUGGUUCGAACAGUGGAGAGAUUAUGGGAUGUUCGUGAUAAUAAGAGAGUUCAUCACACUGUCUAUCUCCUAGUAACACCCCGUGUGGUUGUGUGACCUGCUCUGGGAUGUUUGUCAUCACUGAGAGAUAAAUCAAUUAUGCCGAGUGGUACUCGAUUGAACAGAAUGUCCUCCUAUGAAGACUCCCCUAUAACAAGAGCAGAAGUUUAUGUCAGCGUUAAGGUGGUUGACGAUGCAACAUUUAUACAUGGCAACCUACUCGUCUGACUUUCUGAAAUACAAGUAACAAAGUA